AUGUUAAAGUUUGGUAUUAAAUCUGCUGUAUUAGGAUCAGCAGUAUAUUACACUGUGGACAAGGGUGUAUGGAAGGAUAGUGCUACUACUCAAGUAUUAUAUGAAGAAUUGGAAAAAGGAAUGUCACCCUAUGUCGGUGAAUUAAAACAGAAAAUACCUGUCGAGUUACCUCCACUGCCAUCAAAUGAUAGAAUAUCAUAUUUAUUUAAGUAUUAUUGGAACUGUGGCGUAAAAACAACAUUUGAAUUCCUUGUAGAACUUCCUACACACACAAGUAAUGCAGCAACAGUGGUAUAUAACAAAAUUUCUUCAGCCCUUGACUCAACAGAGCCUACAAGCAGCCAAAAACCUUAA